AUGGCUAAUAAAAGUACAUGCGACAGUGGUUAUCGGGCACCAGAGUAUUUGAUCAAGGGAGUUUUGUCAACCAAGGCGGAUGUCUAUAGUGUUGGUGUGUUAAUUUUAGAGGCUGUAACUGCGAAGAGAACGCCUGAUUGUAUGUUCCCCUUCAGAAAUGUUGAGAGAAACUGGUUGGAAGGAACAGUUUCCAAUAUAAUUGAUCCCAGAAUUGAUGUUGAUUCAAGUACGAUGACAAGAUUCAUUGAGAUCGGGUUGCUGUGUGUUCAAGAAAAUGCAGCAGAUAGGCCAACAAUGGAGGAAGUUGUUGGCAUGUUGCUUGGCAGCUCAUCUCUCACUCUCCUCGUCUCAAAAUUGCGAACAACUUGA